AUGGCCACGACUCCAUACCUCACCAGCGGCAGAAUUCUCCUAACCUUUCUCUCGAUUUCGAACAGCUUGUCGCCAUAUAUCGCUGACUGGAAUCCGACGCAUAUUCACAAUCCACGAUUCACCCCGCACGCACGUUUCCACAAUGGCCAGACGAUGUCCAUGGGUCUGCUGCUUGGAAUCUGCACGCUAUACUACGUUUGGCGACCUGUUCUCGCAAAACUCCCCUACACGAAAGCAAUGACCAGGGACAGCAUGUUCACAGCGGCCAUACUGGGCACGCUGUACUGGGUUACAGGACUCAGCGGAGCAUUAUACCCUGGCGCAAAAUUCGUAGACGAUGAAUUUUUAAACACCAAGUACGACGCAAAGAUAUUGGGAUUUCCAGGUCAGGGACCGGUCUUCUUCGCUCAUGCUUGCUUGAGCUGGGUCGCUUAUGCUCUCGAGGUCAGGAGGUUAGCGAAGGUGAAAGGAGAGUAA